AUGCCACCCAGACGACCGAAGCGGAAUAAGACGACGACGACGACGACGCAACAUCCACAUGAUAAUAGUAAUAAUACCAAAACCGCAUAUCGCUCAACCCUUUUCUCCCCCUUCCGCAGGAAACAUGCCACCCAAGCAAAGAAUGAUGGCGGGCGUGAUGGAUCCACAAUUCCACAUCCAGAGCCAAAACGAGCCCCCCAGACAACAUUCAAGCCAACAAAUCCCUGCCCUGGCCUAGCCCGGGACUUGGCAGUGGGCUGCACUGGUCCGUGGGGCGUACUACUGUACUGCUACCCUUCUCGAAGUACUGUCCCAUCUUCCGCUGAAUCUCUGGCGCAUCGUGAAUUCGUUGAUCCUGGGGCCCGCGGGCUGGUGUGGGGCCACGGGGCUACUGGGCCAGGGACCCAUGGGCUGGCCACGGACGGGCGAAGUGGGGUGCAGCCUGCCUGGAACCGUGGCUCUUGCAGCCCUGGAGGUCCCCUAGAAUCCCUCCCUCGGAUAGGGCACUGCACGCACUCAUUGGCUAACUCGCACAUGUUCUACCUGGGUACAUCGUGUACAUCGGGUGCAUCAUGCACAUCAAGGAAUGGGCCUGACGUGGUUCCGACCGUCGUAAACCGCUCUGUAAUUUGUGCCAAAGUGCAUCUCACUAAGCGUACCUCCCAUUACUAUUGCUAA